AAGCCGCCUCCGCCAGCUCUGCUUCUGUCAAACUGAUCUCCUGCGGCUGUGACGGACCGAGCACACGAUCCACAGGCGCAGUAGCAGAGGCAGGGUGAGUGACUGGGGAUGCGUUCACCUGCUGCUCCCAAAAAACAGGAGAAGAGAUAUUAGAGGAAAAAUGAGACCAGGGAGCGGUUCACCUCUCGCGUGGAUCUUCUGAACAUGUUACCUCAGCACCUGAAGCAAAUCCGAGUCCUCAUGUUGAACGACAAGGAGAACCUCGAGAGGACCCUGUUCAGACUGGAACAAGGGUUUGAGCUACAGUUCCGCCUGGGCCCCAGUCUGCAGGGUCGGAGGGUACAGGUCCACACGAACUACCCUCUGCAUGGACAGCCAUUCAGACGAGACGUGUUCAGAGUGCUCGCCUGGAACUACCCAUCGGGCCGCGACGAUGACUCCGACAAGUACUGUUCCCUGGACCUCAAGGUCGCGGGCUCCUACCAGUACUACUUCGGAUAUGGAGAUAUUGAGCGCUCGGGCGGGGGCUACAUCGUGGUGGACCCUGUGCUGCGCGUGGGGGUGGAUAAUCACGUCCUGCCCCUGGACUGUGUGACCAUCCAGACCUACCUGUCCAAGUGUUUAGGAAAGUUUGACGACUGGACCGACCGACUGCGUGUCGCCAAGGAGACAGGGUACAACAUGAUCCACUUCACCCCGCUGCAGACCCUGGGGGAGUCGCGCUCCUGCUACUCUCUGGCCGACCAGUUGACCUUUAACCCCGAAUUCAGUUCUGCGGGGCAGAGUUACGGCUGGGAGGAUGUGGGUGCACUGGUGGAGAUGUUCAGGACCGAGUGGAACAUGAUCUGUAUCACCGAUGUGGUCUACAAUCACACAGCGGCCAACAGCGUGUGGAUCAGGGAGCACCCGGAGUGUGGGUACAACCUGGUGAACUCUCCUCACCUCAGACCAGCCUGGGUACUGGACCGGGCCCUCUGGCACCUGACCACCCGCACCGCACAGGGGCGUUAUGAGGCGAAGGGGCUGCCCGCGGACAUCACAGAGGACAAACACCUGCAGGCUUUGCGCACUGUGAUACGGGAGGACAUUUUCCCUCAGAUCAAACUGUGGGAGUUCUUCCAGGUGGACGUGGACAAGGCCAUGCAGGAGUUCCACUCCCUGGUGCUGAAUGGUGUGGAGGCGGACCACAGUAAAACCGGGGGGGUCAAACGCCUGAAGAUCAUCCACGACCCAGAGUACAGGCGCUAUGGCAACACGGUGGAUAUGGACUCUGCGCUGGAGACGUUUGUUCCUUUAAGCUUGUCCACACCACACGUGGAGGACUGCUGUGACCGGUUCAGAGACAAACUCACUCAGCUCAAUGAUGAACAGUACAAACUGAUGCAGCAGCACCAGGAGCAGGCCAUCAACUGCAUCAUGGGAAAUGUAGUGUAUGAGCGACUGGCUGGACACGGACCCAAACUAGGACCUGUUACCAAGAAGGAUCCACUGGUCACAAGAUAUUUUGCGUUCCCUUAUGGAGACAUGACUCUGGAGGAGGAGAUGCUGCUGCUCGAUGAUCCUGAGAAGUGUGUUCACUUUCUGGCUCACAACGGCUGGGUGAUGGGAGACGACCCUCUGCGCAACUUUGCUGAACCAGGUUCAAACGUGUACCUGAGGAGGGAGCUGGUGGCCUGGGGCGACAGUGUGAAGCUGCGUUACGGGAAAAGCCCUGAGGACUGCCCCUAUCUGUGGGAGCACAUGAAGACGUACACAGAGAUCACAGCCACGCACUUCCAUGGAGUACGACUGGACAACUGCCACUCCACCCCCCUGCACGUCGCUGAGUACAUGCUGGACGUUGCCCGCGGUGUGCGUCCUAACCUGUACGUGGUGGCUGAGCUGUUUACGGGCAGUGAGGAGCUGGAUAACGUGUUCGUGACCAAGCUGGGCAUCUCCUCUCUCAUCAGAGAGGCCAUGUCAGCGGGGGACAGUCAUGAGGAGGGCCGUUUGGUGUACCGCUACGGAGGAGAGCCCGUGGGCGCCUUUGUCCAGCCCAGCCUGCGCCCGCUCAUGCCCUCCAUCGCACACGCCAUGUUCCUGGACGUAACCCAUGACAACGAGUGUCCCAUCCAGCUGCGUUCGGCUCUGGACUCUCUGCCCAGCUCUGCCAUUGUGUCCAUGGCCUGCUGUGCCACGGGCUCCACCAGAGGGUACGACGAGCUCGUGCCACACCAGAUCUCUGUGGUGAAAGAGGAGCGUUUCUACCCCAAAUGGAACCCCUCGGCCUCCCUCUCCUCGUUGGGGGAGGUGGGCCCGCAAACUGGCAUUGUGGCUGGGAAACUGGCACUGAACAAACUGCACCAGGAGCUGGCAGCACAGGGUUUCAUUCAGGUGUACGUGGACCAGGUGGACGCAGACAUCGUGGCCAUCACUCGUCACUGCCCCAGCACACACCAGUCUGUGGUGGCCGUGUGCAGGACCGCCUUCCAUGACCCCAAAACCCACCACUACGACUCCAAUGUGCCCCCCAUGUUUAUCCCAGGUAAGAUUGAGGAGGUGGUCCUGGAGGCUCGGACAGUGGAGAGGAAAGCUGAUAACUUCGAGAAAGACGGCAAGUUCAUCAACGGGCUGCCCCAGUACACUGUGGAGAUUAAAGAACAUAUAUCGCUGGAGCAGAGCACAGUGGUGAAGCACUCUGCAGUCACAGCUAAAGAUCGCUCUGAGUUUGUCCAAGAGAUCACGUUUGAGAAGCUCACCCCGGGCAGCGUCAUCGCCUUCAGGGUGAGUCUGGACCCCAAAGCCCAGCAGGUGGUGGGGGUGCUGAGGUAUUACCUGUCCCAGUUCAGUCCUAAGUUCCGCAAAGGAAGUACAGCUGACGACAACCCCCCCGAGGUGCUCCAGAAGCCCCUCUCCCAGCUCAUGUCCAAGCUGUCCCUGGCUGACAUGAACGUGCUGCUGUUCCGCUGUGAUGCUGAGGAGCAGGAGGAUGGAGGAGGCUGUUACAGUAUUCCAGGCUGGGAGAGCCUCAAGUACGCCGGCCUGCAAGGUCUGGUGUCUGUGAUGGCCAACAUCCGUCCCAACAAUGACCUGGGCCACCCUGUGUGUGCCAACCUCAGACAGGGAGACUGGCUCCUGGACUUCACCUCCAAACGCCUGAUCUCCAAAGAAGGGCCCCUGGCACAGGUGGGCGAGUGGCUGGCAGCCAUGUUUAAAUACCUGAAGCACAUCCCUCGUUACCUCAUCCCCUGUUACUUUGAUGCCAUCUUGGUCUCCACUUAUACCACGGCUUUGGACUCCACCUACAAGCUCAUGUCCAGUUUUGUCCAGAACGGCUCGAGCUUCGUGCGACACUUGGCUCUGGGCUCUGUGCAGAUGUGCAAUGUGGGCAGACUCCCCGCUCUGCCUCCGCUCUCAGACAAACUGGAGGGAGUGCCGUACCGCCUCAACCCCAUCAGCGGAGAGAAGGAGCAGUGCUGUGUGUCAAUGGCUGCAGGUCUCCCUCACUUCUCUGCUGGGAUCUUCCGCUGCUGGGGCCGAGACACAUUCAUCGCUUUGAGAGGACUCAUGCUACUCACAGGAAGACACCUGGAGGCCCGUAACAUCAUCCUGGCGUUCGCGGGGACUCUUCGUCACGGGCUCAUCCCAAACCUGCUGGGAGAGGGCCGAGGUGCUCGCUACAACUGCAGAGACGCCGUGUGGUGGUGGCUCCAGUGCAUCCAGGAUUAUGCGAACCACGUCCCUCAGGGCCAUGAGAUCCUGCUCUGUCCCGUGUCUCGCAUGUACCCCACUGAUGACAGUCAGCCCCUCCCCCCAGGACAAGUGGAACAGCCCCUGUAUGAUGUGAUCCAGGAGGUUCUGCAGCGCCACCUGGAGGGCAUCUCCUUCAGAGAGAGGAACGCAGGGCCCAAGAUCGACAUGCAGAUGAGAGACGAGGGCUUCAACGUGGAGGUCAAAGUGGAUCCAAAAACAGGCUUUGUCUCUGGAGGGAACCGUUUUAACUGCGGCACGUGGAUGGACAAAAUGGGAGAGAGUGAGAGGGCCAGGAACAAAGGCAUGCCCGCUACUCCCAGAGAUGGUGCAGCUGUGGAGAUCGUGGGUCUGAGCAAGUCUGCUGUGCGCUGGGUGGUGGACCUGCACUCUAAAGGACUGUUCCCUUACGACGGAGUCACAAUCCAAAACAAUGGCACAGAGUCCUUCGUGUCCUACGCCCAGUGGAACCAGCAGAUCCAGGCCUCCUUUGAGACUCACUUCUGGGUGUCCGAGGACCUCCACGACCCCAACGAGAAGCACCCUGAGCUGGUGCACAAGAGGGGCAUCUACAAGGACAGCCACGGAGCCUCCAGCCCCUGGUGCGACUACCAACUCCGGCCCAACUUCACCAUCGCCAUGGUGGUGGCUCCAGAGCUGUUCACUGUGGAUCAUGCCUGGAGCGCUUUGGAAAUGGCCGAGAAGAAGCUGCUGGGGCCUCUGGGCAUGAAGACCCUGGACCCAGAUGACAUGGUUUACUGUGGCAUCUAUGACAACUCUCUGGACAAUGACAACUACAACCUGGCCAAGGGAUUCAACUACCACCAGGGACCUGAGUGGCUGUGGCCUGUGGGAUACUUCCUCCGAGCCAAACUCUACUUUGCAAAGAAGAAGGAAGAAGAGAGAGACAGUGUGACUCUGGUGAAGAACGUGCUGUCCAGACACUACACUCACCUGGAGAGGUCUCCAUGGAAAGGUCUCCCUGAGCUGACCAAUGAGAAUGGUCAGUACUGUCCGUUCAGCUGUGAGACUCAGGCCUGGUCCCUGGCCACUGUGCUGGAGGUGCUCUAUGACCUUUAAACUCAUUGUAACAACAUGAACCCUGAGAGAUAAACAGUGUAGUACUAACCCACAUCACUGCAUCACACAUGUGCAAUACAGAGGCCAGACUGUCCUGAGCGCACGCUCACAGGACUUUCCGGCUUUUAGCAUUUCAGCUGUCUACUUUUGUCAUUGUGCAAUCAUCUUUUACUUGUUACAUCAUUGCAAUAUGAGGGGAUUUGAAUGAACAUUUUAAGACUUAUUAAAGUGGGACUAAACAACUAAACUCCGCCCACAUCCACAUUUCAGACAGAGCUGCUAAACUGGGCAGUACCUGGAGGACUGAAGGGGGAGUGAGGGGGGAGGAGGGGUUUCUGAUUACAAGCACCUGGAUGUAAACAGGACAGUCUUGCUUGAUGUCACCAACUACUGGAAACUGCAGUUUUUUAGAUGUUUUUAACCAGAGUUUUUGCACCAAAUUUGCCCCAAAAUGAGUAGGAACAGUAGAUAAAGCUUUUAAAAUAUACACCAUUUAUUAGGGCAACUGUACUGUACAUUGCAAUAUCACAGCAGCAGAAAAGCAGAAAGGACUAAGUGGGCAUGGCUUUAAAUGAGUAAAGUUUUAGUAAUUUUUUUUCUCAUUGAUUACUGUUUUGUAAUCGGACACGUCUGAGCCUCUAGAGAUAAACUGCUGUUAGAAUAAACCUGUUUAACAUGUGACUUUAGUCGUUCAUGAAACCGCUGAAUGUCAUUUGACUAUAGAUGGAAAUGCACUUUAUAAAUAUGGGAAAAUACAUGAACUAUAGCAAAAGUAGGAAUCGUAACAAAAGGCAAAGAUGACUCAUGAUAAUCUAAUAUGCGAUGGAGAGGUGUUGAUAACCCUGUGACCUUUGACCCUUUGUAGUGUUUUUAGUGUAGAGUCUUCCACUCUCUCAUUGCCUUAUGCUCAGACUACUGUUACCAUGCACCUGAGACACUGGACAGACCAGAAUGCAUCCAUGUGAUCCACUGCUGCUGUAUCAAUGUUUAGUGUGGACUUUGUUGUAAUUCUAAAUGUCACAUAUUAAAGAACUGGUGCAUAUCUGUG